AUGAAGACCCCAUUGAUUCUCUUUUCCCUCACCACGCUCCUCUCCGCGGCUCUCGCCCUGCCUUCAAUGAUUCACUCACUAGUCGGCACGGAAUGGAGCAUCUGCAAUUACACUCAAGGAUGUUCGCCUGCAGGCUGCGAGUACGGAUUCACCAUCGCCUGGGGCUCGUCUCCUACCAACGAGCCGGACUUCUCAACAUACUGCCAGGGUAGCGAUAUUGCAUACGAACUCCAACCUUGUGAAAACCCUGCUAUCAGCUCGAACGAGAUUUCGGGGUUUCAGAAUGUGACUGUGGUUGUGCAACACUUCUUUGAGACGUCAGACGGGGCUGGGCAUUAUGUUAUGGGGAACUAUACAUUCCAGGAUGUCGAUGGCAACUACCCAACAGCUUUUGGGAUCAAGCAGAGUGAGGUUAGGACGGUUGCAUAG